CAUGACCCAGUUGCACUUUCACUCUCCCAUUUCAUCCCUUAUCAUCCAUUCCCUACACACAACACAGUACAUUCAAACGACACAAACAUCAUAAACAUUUGAGAUGGCAGAAGUGAGGAACAAGCAAGUGGUUCUGAAGAACUAUGUGGUUGGUUUUCCCAAAGAAUCAGACAUGAACAUUGUCGAAGGAGCCAUAACAUUGAAUGUUCCACAAGGUUCCUCUGAUAUGCUUGUCAAAAAUCUCUACCUCUCAUGUGAUCCCUACAUGAGACUCCUCAUGACCAAGGAAGAGAACCCUUCUCUAGGAGUUGUCACCUACACACCUCACUCUCCAUUGACAGGACAUGGAGUGUCUCAAGUGGUGGAAUCAGGAAAUCCAGAUUAUGAGAAAGGUGAUUUAGUUUAUGCAAUGACUAAAUGGGAAGAGUACAGUUUGAUCCCCUCAUCCCAAAUAUGUUUCAAAAUAGAGCACACUGAUGUGCCACUUUCCUACUACAUUGGAAUUCUUGGUAUGCCAGGAAUAACUGCUUAUACUGGUUUCUUUGAGUUAGGUUCUCCCAAAAAAGGAGAAAAUGUUUAUGUUUCAGCUGCAUCUGGUGCUGUUGGUCACCUUGUAGGCCAAUUUGCCAAGUUGAGUGGUUGCUAUGUUGUUGGAAGUGCUGGAAGCAAAGAGAAGGUGGAUCUGUUGAAGAAUAAGUUAGGGUUUGAUGAAGCUUUUAACUACAAAGAGGAGUCAGAUCUCAAUGCAGCUUUGAAAAGGUACUUUAGAGAAGGCAUUGACAUAUACUUUGAGAAUGUUGGGGGGAAGACACUUGAUGCAGUACUCCCAAAUAUGAGACUCCAUGGUCGGAUACCUGUUUGUGGAAUGGUCUCACAGUACAAUCUUGCUCAACCAGAAGGUGUAACAAACUUGGCAUAUCUCAUAUUCAAGAGGGUUAAAAUGGAAGGUUUUAUUGUAGCUGAUUUCUGCCAUUUAUUUCCCAAAUUCUUGGAGUUUGUCCUGCCUCUGAUCAGAGAAGGGAAGGUUGUGUAUGUGGAAGACAUUGUUGAGGGUCUUGAGAAUGCCCCUGCAGCCUUGGUUGGCCUCUUCAAUGGUCGCAAUGUUGGUAAACAAGUGGUUGAUGUUGGUCACGAGUAAAAUCGUAUCGAUAGAAACAUUGUAUUUUUUUUAGUUCAGAUACCACGUUAGGAAGUUGACUUUUAACUUAAUCUCACAAAAUUAGUUUGUAAGAUAAAGUUUACAUCCCACUUAUAUAUAUUAUGAAAUUGUCUAGUCAUCUUACGUAUAUUGUUUAGUCGAUGUAAG